AUGGGCAAGUUUGAAGGCGGCAAAGUUGUCGGGUCGGUAAACCUAGACAGGAGUUUCACGCUUUGGUCGGCACUUUCCGGUGCCUCAUUCCGCCAGAAGAUCAUUAACUCCAUUCGAUGCGGCGGCGGAAUCCCGCUUAAACAGACCAAAACCGAAAAGAAGCAGCAGUCCGUAUCCAACAAGUUGUCGGAGCUUUUGAAGCAGCAGGAGUUCAGGGAGAAUGAGGAGAAAGUAAGGAAAAAAGAGAAGGCCCUGGAGGAGCUAAAAACAGUUGCGAAGAAGCUGCAGCAAGAUAGCAACUCGGAGAUAUUACACAACCUUCCCCGCUCCCUGCAAUCCUCCGAAUGUUUCCUUCUAAGGCUCCGGUCCUGGUGA